UGAGUGAUCCACCAGCUUGGCCCGCAGCGCUGUCAGACAACCUCACUUUUGCUUUCCAGGCACGGCUUCGCACGACCGCCAACCCAGUUACAGCAACAAGCCACUCCGCCAACGAAAAGUUGUCGACCCAGACAAUUGAAUCCAACUGUCAAUUAUAUAAAAAACGCCGGAAACCCCCUCAUUAUGGCCGCCUCUCAGCUUCCCCUCGAUACUCUAUCCACUUGGGCCAUGUUCAACGACGUAGACCUUGUCGACGUCGAGGUGCGCGAGAUCCCCGGCUGCGGCCUCGGAUUGGUCUCGAAUAAGGAUCUCAGCCGCGAGGAGGAGACGUUCGACAUGCCGACUCUGCUGAGGGUUCCCCAUGAGCUGAUCCUAUCUGCAGAGGCUGUCGAAAACUACGCCAAGGUCGACAAGAACUUUCGUCAACUGCUAGAUGUUGCUGGACAUAAGUCGACCCGGCAUGACAUCUGCGUUUUUCUGCUUACACAGAAAAUCAUCGCUGACCGGCCGGAGACGUCCUUGCAUGGCGGCGUGCCGACGCCUUGGACCGAGUACAUCAAAUAUCUGCCACCGCAGGUGCCUGUCACGACACUUUGGACCGUGCAAGAGCGGCAAAUGCUGAAUGGAACAUCGCUUGAAUCUGCCACGGCUGCUAAGAUCGUUGCACUUACCGAUGAGUUUGACGAGCUCCGCGAGGUAUCUUCCUCACUGCCCUUAUGGAACGAACUGUUUUGGGAAAGCGGCAAGAUCUCCCUCAUCGAUUGGGUUCGGGUCGAUGCAUGGUUUCGCUCCCGAUGUCUGGAGCUUCCCAAGUCGGGCGAGGCCAUGGUUCCGGUGCUGGACUUGGCAAAUCACUCAUCCAAGGCCAAUGCAUAUUAUGAAGAAAACAGCAAGGACGAGGUGGUUCUGCUCCUGCGACCUGGCUGCAGGGUCUCGUCCGGGGAAGAGAUGACAAUCUCGUAUGGGGAUGCAAAAUCCGGAGCCGAGAUGCUAUUCAGCUACGGGUUCAUCGACCCCGCGUCAGCUGCGGACCGUAUCACGCUACCAUUAACGCCUCUAGAAGACGACCCGCUAGGUAAGGCGAAACUGCACAUCUUCGAGGGACCCCCGACUGUGGAGUUUGUCCGGACGAAUCACUCCGUUAGUUGGGAAAGUCCCUUUGCCUAUUUAAUGUGCCUCAACGAGGAAGACGGUCUGUCGUUUCGUAUCCUGCAGGACACCGGAGGAUCACGGGAGCUGAAGCUGUUCUGGCAAGAAGAGGAUGUAACAACGACGACAACGGGUUUCGGUCAACACAUUGGCGAUCAUCCACUUGCUCAAAUCUUUCGUCUUCGGGUGGUAACCGUCUUGCAGGAUAUAGUGACCAACCAGUUGGAACGGUUGGCUACGGGCAUGUCAUUGGAGGACUUGGACGAGUCACUGAACGAAGGGGGUCUCGUUUGCGGGGCGUGCAUCGACGCAGCUGCCACGCUGAGGGAGCAAGAGGCUAGGUUGCUGGAAGCUGCCGUGAAGGCUCUCGAAGACCAAAAAACACAACUUCUUGCAGAUGAAAGCGUGGUGGCUUAUCUCGGAUCGAUGGAAGAUACCCAAAACGAUUUAGCCGAAGGCGAGGUAUCCAAUGACGAGGAAGACUUCAGUUAGAGAGGGAAGGUCAAGAAAGGCCAUACAGUCGGGUCGAUUCAUUCAGCUCACUUUGACGCGGAGUCUAAGCAGAUUUCUUGACUCACCUCCACAGAGUUUGCCGUUGUGAAGUAUAUUGGUUGAGACUAGCGAAGGUCACAUCACGGAGCUACACAUGUGUCCUUGCUCUGGAUCAUUAAAAGCUUGCAAAACUUUUUCCAGUUAGGUUGUUGUGCCCCUCCGGCAUGUUUUCAGCUAGCAGUGUCUUUCCCGUGGAGGAAGUGAAAUACGGAUGAGCGAGGCCAGCGACAAAUCUUUGGUUGUCUCGCGUGGGGCGUUGAAUACAUGUCGAUUCAUCUUCUCAGG